CCCCGCUCCUGCCACCUCUUAGCAAAACCUCUCACGCACUCUUGUACUCUGUCUUCUCGACCAGCGAAGCCUGGAUCGAGGGAGCGAGCGCCAUGGGGAAUUGCCUCAACGCGGCGUGCAAGCAGCAGCACCGCGAGAUGCGGCGGCGGCACGUGGCGGUGCCGGAGGACAGAGAGGAGGAGGCCGCCUGCAGGAGCAUAGGCCAGAUGCUGCUGCACCAGAAAGAAGAGGAUGAGGAAGAGGAGGCGGUGGCGGAGACGGCGGCGGCGGGGGGGAUGAAGGUGAAGGUGGUGCUGACGAGGGCGGAGCUGGAGUGGCUCAUGGCGCAGCUCAAGAGCGGCGAGCAGCGCCUCGAGGACGUCCUCUGCCAGAUGGGCACCGCCCGCGCCUGCAACGACAAGCCGCCGCCCCACCGCGACGCCAACGCCUGGCGCCCGCGCCUCGAGUGCAUCCUCGAGUGCCCCGAGCCCAACGCCGGCGUCGACGCCACUUAAGCCAAUAAUCAAGGCGCUCUCGUCCAGCUUUUGGGGCUUAGUUAGCUAGCCGCUGUUUGCAUAUAUAGAUCGACCCGUUACGUGUGCCUGGUGUGAUCCGUGGAGAGGCUUCUUGUUUUUUCUUGUUUCUCUUCAGGGGAUCUAGUGGCCGGAUGUAGGGUGAGCAACAGCUUAUCACAGAGCAGUAGUUAAUCGCUCUUCUCUCUUUGUUUCCUUCUCUCCCUUCGAUCUGCUAGCUUGUUGCUCUGUCUUGUUCUGGGGUUUUGCUCUGUCUUGGUGGUUUGUGUACUCUGCUGUAAAUAGUGUGGUCAUCCGGUGAUCUCGUAUAAGAUGCCAACUACCGUACCGUGUGCUGUAGUUUUACAUCAAUCGAAGAUGCAUGUAAGAAAAAAAUUUAGCUCACUUUGUGGUGCAAUCCAGCUGUCAAACUUUUCCGUUAA